AUGGCUCAGACCCUGCAGAUGGAGAUUCCCAACUUUGGCAACAGUAUCCUGGAAUGCCUGAAUGAACAGCGGUUGCAGGGUCUCUACUGCGACGUGUCAGUAGUGGUGAAAGGCCAUGCUUUCAAGGCCCACCGAGCUGUUUUGGCUGCCAGCAGCUCCUACUUCCGGGACCUUUUUAACAGCAGCAAGAGUGCAGUGGUGGAGCUGCCUGCUGCUGUGCAGCCCCAGUCCUUCCAACAGAUCCUUAGCUUCUGCUACACUGGCCGCCUCAGCAUGAAUGUGGGCGACCAAUUCCUCCUCAUGUACACUGCUGGUUUCCUCCAGAUCCAGGAGAUCAUGGAGAAGGGCACAGAAUUUUUCCUCAAGGUAAGCUCGCCCAGCUGUGACUCUCAGGGCCUACACGUGGAGGAAACACCAUCAUCAGAGCCUCAGAGCCCUGUGGCCCAAACCUCCAGCUGGCCAGCCUGCAGCGCCCCGCUCCCUCUUGUCUCUCGAGUUAAGACUGAGCAGCAAGAGUCAGACUCCGUUCAAUGCACACCUGUAGCCAAGCGGUUAUGGGACAGUGGCCAGAAAGAAGGUGGCAGCAAUGGCAGCCGCAAAAUGGCCAAGUUCUCAAGCCCGGACCUAGGAGGGAACCGGUCCCAGCAGCCACAGCCCCUGGCUCAGCAGCCUCAGCAGCAGCAGGUGCCCCAGGGCAUGGCACCAACCCCAGUGCCAGCAGGGGCAGCGGGUAUGGGGAGCGGGCCCAGCACGUCAGAACGGACCAGCCCUGGGACAUCCAGUGCCUACACUAGUGAUAGCCCCAGUUCCUACCACAAUGAGGAGGAUGAGGAGGAGGAUGCAGGGGAGGAGGGCUCUGAUGAACAAUACCGUCAGAUCUGCAACAUGUACACCAUGUACAGCAUGAUGAAUGUAGGCCAGACAGCUGAGAAGGUGGAGGCCCUGCCGGAGCAAGUGGCCUCCGAGUCCCGCAACCGAAUCCGGGUGCGGCAAGACCUGGCCUCACUGCCAGCUGAGCUCAUCAACCAGAUUGGCAAUCGAUGCCAUCCAAAGCUCUACGAUGAGGGAGACCCUGCUGAGAAGCUGGAGCUUGUAACAGGCACCAAUGUAUACAUCACAAGGGCACAACUCAUGAACUGUCACGUCAGUGCGGGCACAAGGCACAAAGUUCUCCUUCGUCGACUCCUUGCCUCCUUUUUUGACAGGAACACUCUGGCCAACAGUUGUGGCACAGGCAUCCGAUCUUCCACCAAUGACCCUAGCCGAAAACCCUUGGACAGCCGGGUCCUCCAUGCUGUCAAGUUCUACUGCCAGAACUUCGCCCCCAACUUUAAGGAGAGUGAGAUGAAUGCCAUCGCUGCGGACAUGUGUACAAACGCCCGAAGGGUGGUGCGUAAGAGCUGGAUCCCCAAGCUGAAGCUACUCAUGGCUGAAGGCGAUACUUACACAACUUUCAUCAAUGACACAGGCAAGAUGGAGCCUGACAUGAUGGGUGUGGAGCACGGCUUUGAGACGGCCAGCCAUGAUGGUGAUGCUGGGCCCUCAGCUGAAGCCCUCCAAUAACCCUUCCCCUCUCCCCUGCCAGGCCUGGCCUUUCCUGGCCUGCACCCUUUCUCCUCUCCCUCCUUUCCUACUUCAGGCUACCCUUUGGCAAGGGUUCACUCUGCCUUUCACUUUGGACUUUGUUUAUUCUUUGGUUAACAUCCCCUCCUGUCCUUGGUCCAGUUUGCCAGAGGGGACGUGUGAUCACUGCACGCUGCUGUCUGUCCCAUUCACCCCCACCCUCCAAUAGCACCACUUCUUUGCCAUGGUGCACAUGGCACCAAGGAGCAGAAAUCCAGGUGGCCUUGUGGUCCCAUGGUGUGGGCUGAAGUGGGGAGUCUCUGGUCUCCUGCCCUAUUCCCCAUUUCAUGACAGGCACUGAGUGGCUGGGAGAGUGUCAAACAUGGUUUUAUUUCCUUUACUUUUUUUUUUAAA